AUGAGCUCGCCGUUUUCUGGAAGAGCUGGCUUGCGGUCGCCGCGCAAGAAGCGACCCGAGGACGAAGAGCUGCGGCUGGCGAAGCUACGCAGUCCGGCGAAACGGUCGAUGGCGGAGCUCAAUCGUGCGGCGGUGGAGCGGGCCACGCGUCUCAAGCUGGAGUCUCUGCAGGACGACGAGGACGAAAUCGACGCCGAGGAGAUGGCUCUGGCAGACCGAAUAAUUGCCGAGAGCAAAAAGGACGGACUGGCGCCUCUGGAGCUAGAAGAGAGCGAGCACGAGAGCGGCGAGGAGUCGGUCAGCGAGUUUGAGGAGGUGGAAGAGGCCGAGGACGAUCCGAUGGAAAACGUCGACGAGGGCGUUUCGUCGGACGAGGAGUUUGGCGGAAAGCGAAUACGGCGUCCGCGCAGCGCUGUUCGCACGGCUUUCCGCGCGUCCAGCUCGCCAAGUGCGAGCGUUGCGCCGCUGAAGGAGGCCGAUCUCAAACCGCUAAAAAUGAGCACAGUAAAGCUGAUGGAAGUCCCCAACAUCGACAGAACGGAGGACCUGCUGCUGAACUUUGCGGACGAGGAAAAGUCGCUUUUCUACGACGGCCACGAGGGCUACUUUGAGCAGCAAAAGCUGAAAAACAAAAAGCCCGGGACGGCGUCCAUGGCGCUGGCUCCAGAGCUUAAUUACGAGGAGUACGAAAAAUACAGCAAGAUCCUGGAAUUGUCCGCCGAGCACCAGAUAGCGAACCUGAACAACUACUACCGGCUCCAGUUCCCCCAGUGGACGUUUGAGCUGCAGCAGGGCUUCAAUUUGGUUUUCUACGGUGUUGGCUCGAAACGUCUUUUGGUGCUCGAAUUUUUGCAACGACAUUUUCUGCCCGCGGUGCCCGGCGCGAAGUGUCUUGUUGUCAACGGGUACAACCCGGACUUCCGUCCCAAGACGCUGCUGUCGAUGAUCCAGGAGACUGUGCGUCCUGCUGGUGAACAACAUCGACGGCGAGGCGCUGCGCACGGACAGAAUGCAACAGGUUCUGAGCGAGAUCGCCGCGAUCGAGCAGGUGCAUUUUCUGUGCACCAUGGACAACCUGAACAUGCCUAUUUUCUGGAACUCCAGCAUGCAUUACAAUUUUAA